GUGUCUAAUUUGUUUCUUAAAAGAUUUGAUAUCACAGAAGAAAAUCUUGGGCUUCCCCGGAGGCCCAAGGAGGACUUGACACGUCUUCUAACCACAAGAGAGCAGUCUUCCCUUUGAUGAGCGCUUCUUCACCACCACCGCAGAAAUGAAAGAGCAGGGGUAUGUUUGCAAACACCCUGAAAGCUCUUUCCUUCAGACCUGUACGCCGGAAACCACAAAGGCCACUCAAGUUUGGAGUUUCAAGGAGAAAGCCGGAGUAAGCUUUCGCUCUGCCAGCCAUCCGAUCUGCAAGUGCCUGGGAAGCUGGAUUCCUGAACAAGAUCCCGCUCCCUGAGAGUCACACUUGCUGACCCAGGAGUGAAUUACAGCAACUGGGCAACUUUGAAAGAUUAAUCGGUUUAGGGUGAGAUCGUCUUUUCAAGCUUGGCACCCUUUGUUAACUCUUGAACCAAACGUGGAUACGUCUUUGCCCCCUCUGGUGUGAGGCUUUAUAAAGAUCGGAGAAGAGUAACGAGCUUCGGAAAUCAAGCAAAGUUCCCUCCAAGUGUGUUUGCUUACCUAGCUUCUGGACCUAGAAACUUCUCCAAAGACAGACUGGGAAGUCGGAUGGACCAGCCUCUUGGCCACGAAAGCUUCAAGUGUCGUCUUCCUGCUGAGAGAAUCAUCUCUGGGUGAUCUGCGCGCUUUUCGGUGGAGGAUGGAAAAACGCAAACCGGCGGGAUUGCUGGCCCUUCCGUCCCCACUCUGUACCGCUCCGCUGGGUGCGCUGCCCUGUAGGGAGCCCUGUAGGGUCCCCGCGAGCCACAGUGCCGCCGACUGCCCGGGGAGUCGGCUGUGCCGGUCCCUGCCGCCGGGGGGUGUGGGUGAGCCCUCCUUUCUGUGCCAACGCAACGAGCGCGAGCGGCAGCGAGUGCGCUGCGUGAAUGAAGGCUAUGCUCACCUUCGCCAGCACCUGCCCCGCGAGCUGGCCGGCCAGCGGCUCAGCAAGGUGGAGACGCUGCGUGCCGCCAUCAGCUACAUCAAACACCUGCAGGAGCAGCUGAAGUGCCACAUGCCGGACUGCAACAGCGAUGGCGAGUCCAAAGCGUCCUCAGGGGCAUCGCCUUGCAGCGAGCCGGAGGAGCACAGCUAGCAGCACCUUGGGCCACCAGGCUUUCAUGAUAACUGGCUUCUUCUACUCUGGGCCCAAAUCUUAAGAAAAAGAAUUAAGUGCUUCUGGAUGGGGGAAAGAAAGUUGUUUUAAUGUUUGGAGGUUUUGGUUUUUUAUUAUUUUUUUCGCCCUGCACCUUCUUUGGUUUUGAGCUUCUAACUUACAAAUGCUUAAGGAUUAAGGAAACUAAUUUCUUGUACUUCUAACGCACAGAAGGACCGUCCUAAAUCUAUGAGGUAAUUUUAAAAACACGAAGGUCUGUAACAAACGUCAGCCAGAGAAGAAAACCACCCACUAUACGCAGAUGCACGCAUGCACACAGGGCAGUGCUUUAUGUGAGAGGAACAUUCUCACUCAUUCCUCCCCUUUAGGAAAGGUGCUGGACAUUUCAUCAACACUGCGCUGUGGAUGAAGGUGGCCGAGAUGAUACUCUAUUACACAUUUGUGGGACAUCGGCUGAACCUGAACACAGGCCUGAAUCACUGUGCUAAGAAGGGCAAUGCUUGAUACAUACUGCUUUAUCCAAAAGAAGUUUGGAAACUUUAGCAGAGACCAGAAGAGGAUAGAGUUAAUUGAACUGAAGUUACAAAUGGAUGUGAAAAACCACAUGGAUGCUCAGAAUUGAACCCAGGUCCUCUGAAAGAACAGUAAGUGUUCUAAGCCAUGGCUCCAACCCCAACCUCUUUAGAACAUGUAAAAACUAAGUUACA